GAGAUCGUCGCGAAGCUGCGCCGCGAUGUCUUCUCCGUCGAAGGCGAAGGAGGUGUUCUCGUCCGACGAGGAGGGCCCCGCCGCCGCCGGGCCCGAGGAGCGGCGCCCCGUCAAGGUGUCCAGCUUGCCUUUCAGCGUCGAGGCACUGAUGUCCGACAAGAAGCCCCCUCGCGAGACGGGCGGCGGCGGCGGCCUCGACGGUGCGGGCUUGGGCACUUCCAGGAACCUGCUCUUGCCGGGUCACGGCGCCAGGGAAGCGGCCAGCCCCGGGGGGCUUACAAAAACCUUCGAGACGUCGUCGGUUAAAUCCGAGAACUCCGAGGACGGCUCGUCGUGGAUCCCGGAGGCCGGCAGAUACUCCCCUCCCCCAAGACACCUGAGUCCCACAGCCUGUACGCUGAGGAAGCACAAGACCAACCGGAAGCCCCGGACACCUUUCACCACCUCCCAGCUGUUGGCUUUGGAGCGCAAAUUCCGCCAGAAGCAAUACCUCUCCAUUGCCGAAAGGGCUGAAUUUUCAAGCUCGCUGAACCUCACAGAGACCCAGGUCAAAAUCUGGUUCCAAAACCGGAGGGCCAAGGCAAAGAGACUGCAGGAAGCAGAGCUGGAGAAGUUGAAAAUGGCAGCCAAGCCCAUGUUGCCAUCUGGCUUUAGCCUUCCUUUCCCCAUCAACUCCCCUCUCCAGGCGGCCUCACUCUAUGGAGCAUCUUAUCCCUUUCACAGACCUGUGCUUCCCAUCCCACCUGUAGGACUCUAUGCUACUCCCGUCGGAUAUAGCAUGUACCAUUUAUCGUAAGAAGAUCAGAAAGCAAAGCAGCGGCGCAAUCAGAGACUUUCUGGUGGAUCUUGCCCAGUUCAAGAGUGCAGUACAAAAGCCAAUUACUGGUCAUUUUUCUGCAUGUUUGUAUGUGCCUUAUCAAGUUUAUAGGAGUUUGAAACAAAAAGCAGAGCCUGUAUUCUGCAGGCUGGGGAACCAGCCAGGUGUGAUCUCAACACAUAGAAUCUGAUCCUGAAAGAGAAGGGUUGGGUUUUUUUUAACAUACAUGCUUAAAGUAAUAUAGUUUGUUUAUAUACUGCACAUGGGGGCGGGGCGGGAAAGGAAUCAAUACUUAAAUCAUGCAUUUUCGCAGCAUUUCUGUUUCCCCGCGAUGUUUGCAGUGGGGUGUCAAACCACGUUUUGUUUUUCAAAAUAGGAGCAGUUCAUUCUUUAAGGCGAGAAAGCUGCAGCUUGAUCCUAUGCAUGUUUACUCAGAAGUAAGUCCCACCCUGUUCAGCGGCGCUUACUUCGCGUUUAAAUGUGGCUGUAGGUACGUUCCCAUGUGUUGUUUGACUUGGUGGGGGAAAUUUAGAUAUAAACGUGGAUUUUAUUUCUAAGACCAACUUUGGAAAUAAAAGCAGACUUUCAAGUAGAGGCAAGGAGUUAGUUUCUGCAUUUCCGGCUGGGUUCUCUGUUGCAGUCUAGGCCUUAAAUGGACGUGUAGGCAGUUGGAGUACUCUGAAUGCAGAGUGCUGGGCCAUGCAGCAAGGCAGUCUGCAAAUAUUUGACCUAGAGUAGUUCCGUUGGAAUAAAUGGGAUUGAUCCAGAUAAAGGGACCUACUAUGCAAAGGAUUAAUGCCAAUGAUAAUUUUAUUCAUCCUUAGUUUGCAGUUUAUUCUUGCUUAUAAGACAUCAAAUAAGGGGUUUGUAUGUAUGCAGUGGCCAAGAAGGCAGGCCGAGAGCUUGAGAAGAGUUCUGUCCUGAUCCCGUUCUCCCCUGGUUUGCUUCAGAAUUGCCACUUGCAGUCAAGUACUUGACUUUUGGAACGAUAUCAGGAGGGGACACAAAAUAGAGGUAUGAAGAAAAGAGAUGUUGCUUUUCAGAAGUGUGUGUGUGUGUGCAUGCAUGUGUGUGUGUGUGUACAUGUCUGCAUUCAUGUGCAGAGAGACUAUCAAAACCGUGUUGCAAAGUUGUUUUGUUUUUAUUGCAAUAUUCUGUGUUUUAACCAUUAUUAGCUUAUAGAAAUGAAUUUGUGCUUAAAUGUUUCUUGAAACACCCAUAGAUCCAGACAAACAAACAAACCUAUGGGAACUACAUAGUGCCACUGACUCUAAAUACAGGACUCACCUUCCCAGGCUUUUAAUGUUUUUUUCAGGCUGGAAGAGUUCUGUUUAGUGUACUUGGUACUAUAAUAACCCAUUUUUAUUAUUCUAAUUAUUUUAUUAUUACUAUUGCUAAACUUCAUGGUAAAGUGUCUAUAGAGGAUGCAGACUGUUGAAGACAGGACUUCUCAAAGAUGUAUUUUUGGCAUGUUUAUAAAAGAGAAAGGGCCACACGAUUUGUUUUGGAGUUUUGUUUUGUUUUUGCCCCGCUACAAGCUGUGUUGUGAACCUUAUCCAUUAGCUCAGUUCUACCCUUUCACCCCCAGCAUAUUAAAAUCCCUUUGAAAGGGAUGCCUUGUACAAUUUUAUAUAUUUUAUUGAAGAUUUAUUAUUUCUUAUCUCUUUUAUUUAGAAUUAAAUUAAAAAACCUUG